UCUUACGUCUACUACCGAUCCGCAUUCAUACCUGCGUCUGCGCCUACAUCUUAUAUACCGAGAUCCACAUCACCUAUCUUCCCUGAUCGGUGCCGGUGCAGCUCUGCCGGUGCAGUGACAUAGGGCAUUGCCCCAUCACGAGUCGACAAAAUGUUCUGGAGAUUUGGCGGUUACGCCAACAUCUCGACGAUCGAUACCAUCCUCGACAAACCCGACUUCCAACUUGAAGACCUGCUUGACGAGAGCGACUUGAUCCAAGAGGUCAAACAGCACAACACUAAACUCAUCGAGUACAUGCGUGAGCCCACAGUUCUCGAGAGACUCCUAGAAUAUGUUAUCACACCGAAGCUCGAGCCUGUAGAAAAUCCGGAGGAGGAUCCCCAAGAAGAGGAGAAGAAGGCAAGGUCCAGGGGCCUGUCUUUCGGGCGCCCGCGCGCAUCUUCGAGGGCUACGAGUGACGAGACCGACGAUGACGAAAAUGAGAAGAAGCGUAACAGGUAUGCGUACGUCGCUGCCGAGGUGCUUUCAUCCGACAAUUGGUCCCUCUAUGAAGCCCUGAUGGAGAGUCAGCGUCUGCUACGCGAUUUCUGGAACUUCUUAAAGCUUCCCUCGCCCCUAGAUCCUCUUCAGGCCAGCUACUUCACCAAAGUCAACGAAUCCUUGUUCGACAAGAAGACCGAGGAGAUGCUAGACCUGCUAAAAUCCCUCGAUGACGCUGUCCCGAAUAUGCUCCGCCACGUUGAUUGUCCCAUGAUCAUGGAUCUUUUGCUCAAGAUAAUCAGCCUAGAGAGGACCGAGAACGGGCAGGGCAUAGUAGAGUGGCUCUAUACUAAAGAUGUGAUGCCGACGUUGCUCUCUUUCCUCGGGCCGGAGCACAAUUACGCUGCGCAGACAUCCGCCGGCGACUUCAUCAAAGCUAUUAUCACCGUCUCCGCCAAUGCCUCCCAGAAUGAGCAGGCCUGCAUCGGCCCAAAUGAGCUUACGCGUCAGCUAGUGUCGAAAGCCUGCGUCCAGAAGCUUAUCGGGUACAUGCUUGGUGGUGGAAACGCCUUGACAGUCGGCGUGGGAAUCGUCAUCGAAGUGAUCCGGAAGAACAACUCUGACUACGACCCGGAUGUCGGCCCCGAUUCGAACGCCCUGCCCUCUAGCCGUGAUCCGAUAUACCUAGGCACUCUACUGCGUCUCUUUGCGGACCACGUACCGGAUUUCAUGUCUCUCAUACUCAAUGCUCCGGCUCAGAAGCAGCGGCUAGAUUCCACUUUUGGCGGCAAAAUCGAACCCCUUGGAUUCGACCGAUUCAAGACCUGCGAGCUCAUGGCGGAGCUUCUUCAUUGCAGUAACAUGGCGCUGUUGAACGAGGUUGGGUCCGAGCACAUAAUCGCUUUACGAGACGAGGAGCGCCAGCGACUACGUGCCGAAGGGCGACUUGCGACGAAUCGGGGCGAGGAAGUGCAGUCGACAGAGGACCUUACUAUGCGAAUGCGCCAUUCAUCUCCUGAUGACGGUCGUCGGCUUGAGAUCACCAAUGCCUCCGACGACGACGGAUUCGAGGAAGUCAAUCCCCUGAGCGAUAUGACUGAAGACACAUCCCACGAAUUCAUCAAAGCCGAGGACGAGAUCCCCAUUGCACCGGUUCCGUCCUUUCUUGAAAAGGAAGACGAUGAUUUUGUGGAAGAGCCCCUGAGCUCGCCGAGGCUCAACGUCCAGGACAGUAAACUCGCCGAGCAACAAUUCGAGAACCCCGAGCUAGUCGUUCCUCCCCUAUCACCCAAGAAGCCGGUGGCCGUGCCACAGCUGGCACAGCCUCUUGAUGCUCCUUUGACAAGUGAUUCGAAGGAUUCUUCACAGUCAUCCUUGCCGACGGCCAGUGCACGCCAGGCCGAAGUGGCAACUCAGGUAGAGGUCCAGGAUAUUAUCGAAUUAGAGGGCCGCGAAGUGUUCCCAACUACGUCUGAAGGCCCAUCUGCAACUAGCCGGGAGACGGGAGGCUCUGCUGGCUUUACGGUCCACGUAGUAGAAAGUAUACCACCCCUACCUACUACGGAAACGCCUACAGUGGUUACAAACCCCACGGAGACUGAACCGAGUAUGCCCGCCGGCGUCCCCUCACAACAGCCAACCACAACCACAACCGCGACUGCGAGUACCAUUACCAAUAGUAAGCCGGACGGGGCGGUUAUCGUGGAUGCUCACCCCCAGCCCGGGUUGACACCGCCCGGGGUUAGAGAACAGUUCACUCCAGUUGUUGGUGACUACCUUAAAAUGCAAUUUGUGGAACAUCGGGUGGUGCCAACUAUUCUGUCAUUUUUCUUCAGAUAUCCGUGGAACAACUUUCUCCACAACGUUGUCUACGACAUUGUCCAACAAGUAUUCAACGGACCGAUGGAUCGCGGUUAUAACCCUACUCUAGCUAUCUCGCUAUUCGAGGCUGCCGAUAUCACUAACGCCGUCAUCAACGGUCAAGCAUCCAGCGAGCAGUCACAGGCCCAGAGCAAGACUCGUAUGGGCUACAUGGGCCACCUGACGCUUAUUGCCGAGGAAGUCGUCAAGUUUACGGAGCGCAACCCGCCGGAGCUUCUGUCCGAGCUAGUCCUGGAUCGCGUCAUGAGCCAGGAUUGGAUCAAUUACGUCGAGGGCGCACUAGCGGAAACGCGCGAGCGGGACAAUGCUAUCCUAGGUGGUGUCAGGCCCGACGUUGCUUUGAACAAUCGAGCUCAGAUGGCAGGUAACGGUCUGGGCGGCAUGGGCUUAUCUGGCCUCGGCCUCGGCGGCGCACCGAUGGGGGGCUCGCAUGUGCUUGUCGAAGCCGGGCUGAAUGGCGGCGGCGGUAUGGAAAUACAAGAGAACGGAAGCGGCAGCAGCCUCGGGCCGUUCAGUAUAAGCUCUGGUUUGCUGUCCGGGUCUGGCUUCGGUAGUUCUAGCGACGAAGAUGAAGAUGACGCCGAAGAUACCGAAGAAGACGUUAACAACGAGUUCCGUGCGUACACUGAUCCGCUGCACGCGGCCUCUUCGUCGAUGGAUCCUCCCUCUGUCCCACCGCCACCGCCUCCCCCCCCACCGUUGAAUAUCCCCCCCUCACGCGCACGCCUACAAUUUGCCGCGAGACUCGCAAUGCAACAGAAGAACGCCGCUGCAGCCUCAGCGCAGUCGGCCGAGAAUGAAAAUAGCAGGGGAUCCGACGACAAUGCAGCAGACAGGGAGACUAGCAGUGUUCUCCGAAACCCUUUCGAGGAUGACGGUGAGGAUGAUGUGGACGAUGACAGCGACGAUGGGCUGGGUGACGACGACAACACGGAUUCCUGGGGCGCAGGCCCGUCUCGAGGUGGCUGGUGGCGAGGUGCCUUGCGAAGCGGCGGCGAAAAAUUUGGGGAUGGCAGAGACGACUCUGACUCGGAUAAGGACGUGCCAACCGGAGGUGACGAGGACGAUGAGGAAUUUGGUGACUUUGCCAUGCCCGAAGUUGACAAGGAGAAGGGCAAUGAUACAAGCGGCGUCAUCGUGAAGCCGCUCGCCGUGCACCCACCUCCCCCAAGCCAAAAGACUUCGGCGUUCACCAGCCUCUGGCCCUUCGGGUCUAAAGACAGGGAGAAGCAGAAGGCGAAGGAAGGCGAGGAGCUCAAGGCUGAAAACCUGAGCGAGAUUACGGGUGAGGAUGGCGAGAAGAUUAAGAGCACUCACGAAGCCGCUCGGAGGACGAGCAUCGAGGACCCCGAUGAUGAGGAAGUGGUUGUCUAGGAACCCGCGUCCGGCAUGAAAGGGGACUCUAGCGAUUAUUACGUCAAGGUUAAGGUUUCUCGAUAUACAGGCAUGUGAUACCCCCAUAUUCAAUUCUCAGGGGAGCCCGGUUCCCCACCCGCAAGCGCGCCGCAGACCCCCAUCUCAAGAGAUUCCGGGGCGGCCAAAGAAAGGGGGGCUGGGGGGGGGCCCAGGGACACGUCAGCGAAGGAUUUGGAGCGCGACUUGUAUUAUAUAUGUGGUUCUAGAGAGGCGGGCUUUCGGCUGCUGCCCGCCGGUCGC